GUCGGUCAAAUUAUUAGGUAAUAUAUUGGAAGCGAACAUGGCUGCGCCCACAGCACCGAGAGGAUCAUCAGCCUCCAGCCCGCCCGGGUUUGAAGGUUUCCCGUUUGCGGUGGCCGGUAAACCAGCGGAGGAAAGCUCCGGUAAAGAGCAAGAGCAGGUCGGGGACGUGAAGAAGAAGCCGUGCAGAGCGUGUACGGACUUUAAAUCCUGGAUGAAGGUGCAGAAGAAACAGGCGACAGCUGCUGUACAGGAGACCCAAGCUGCAGAGCCAGAGCCACAACAAGACCCACAGUGCCCGCUGGACCGGCAAGAGCUGGGGCGUAACACCUGGUCCUUCCUGCACACUAUGGCGGCAUAUUACCCCGAUCGUCCAUCUGCGACCCAGCAGCAAGAGAUGGGGCAGUUCAUCAACCUUUUCUCCAAGUUCUUCCCGUGUGAGGAAUGUGCAGAGGACCUCAGGGGCAGAUUGAAAACCAAUCAGCCAGACACCAGGAGUCGCCACGCUCUUUCUCAGUGGUUCUGUCGUAUCCACAAUGACAUCAACGUCCGGCUGGGCAAGCCUGAGUUUGACUGCUCCCGUGUGGACGAGAGGUGGAAAGAUGGAUGGAAAGAUGGCUCCUGUGACUGAGCGAUAAGAGAUGUGAGAAUGGAGAGGAGAAACUCUUUGUCAGAGGUCACAUCUCUGUUGUGGAGAAACUUUACAUGAAGAGAGAAAGGCUGUGUGGUACAUUUCAGACUCUUGUUUUGUGGUUAGUUAAUAACUGAUCUGGUAAUAAAAAUUAAAGUAUCCCUCUCUGUUUCUCAGAUCA